GCGACCGACAACCGUUCCUCAAGACGGAAGAUACUGCAGCAUGGCUCGCGCAAAGCACGCGCAGAGCGCGUACGAUGGAUUGGAAUCGUAUUUCGAUACAGACGAGAGAUGAUCACUGAAUGGCUUCCAUUACUUCCCACGAUCUGAUUCAGUUUUAAUCUGUGCCCUCCCUUGUAAUAUAUUUUUACAAUUUCGCAGAACUCCCUGUCAUCAUAACCAAGCUGCUGCUGUCCCCUAAACGAUCCUCAUGGAUAAUUACCGUUGCAUACGGUUCCCGCCGCUGAUACUUUUCCUACUACUAACAGCGAAUGUCACGGUCUCGUCAAGAGUGGCCAAUACUGAGGAAUCGCAAACGCGCCAAGCUCUAGUCAAACCUUCCACUUCUCCGCCAGGCGGCCUGGCGGAUCCGCGCAGAAGCGGAGGCGAAUGCGCCAAUAGCAGUCUCGGGGACGUGCUAUCGAUGCAUGGCUGCUCGGGGUUCAAAAGCAUGUUGGCGCAUGCCGGAAUGCUCGAAACCGUUGUUAAGACCCUCACAGCGAAAUCUAGUGAAGGGGCUACAGUGUUCGCGCCAACCGACCUCUCCCUUCUGCUCCUCUCCCCGGUCCUCCUCGCGAGCCUCCAGGCCCCGGGAAACGCGCGAAAGCUUCGCGAAAUACUGCGUUACCACUUCGUUCCCGAGGAGAUCAGUGUGUUUCGCUGGUCGGGCUCUAGACGGUCUCUCCAGGGCUCCCGCGUCGUCUUGAGCAGCGACAAUCACCCGCAGUUGACAGUAGACGGCGUGACUGUGAAGAAGGUCAUUAUAACUGAAUGCGGAUUCACCGUAUACUCCCUCCGCGGGCUGCUCGUACCGCCGGACAUGCAGAUACCGGAAAUCGGAGAAGCUAGUAGCGGGUUGCAAGUGCAGCUGGGCGAGGGGAGCGAGUUGCGGCGACUCGACCUUGAGACCCCGAAGCAGUCUUACGGUUUCGCCGCCGCCCCUGCCAGUGGCUCUCAACCGUCGCCAGUGCAGCCUCCCCCUGUCGCUCUGCCAUCCUUCCCCCCGCCAUCUUUCCCCCCCACAUCUUCCGCUCCGCCAUCUUCCCCCCCGCCACCCUCCCCGCCACCGUCACCCCAGCCACAGUCUCCCCUUCCCCCUCAGUCCUCCUCCCUCUCCACAGGAGCCAUCAUUGGCAUAGCAGUGGGGGGAGUGGCAGCACUGGGCAGUGCGAUCGCCCUCGUCGUGCUCCUCUUUUUCACACGCAGACGGGGCCCACAAGGGGACGAACCCCCCACAGACCCUACUGCAGCAGCAGCAGCAGCGGCAGCAGCAGCGGCAGCAGCAGCAGGCUCUGGUUGCGGGUCAGGAGCAGGCGGUGGCAUUCCCAUCGCACCUGGCGGCGGCUCACACGGCAACCCGCUGCUGUGCCAGCAGUACCCCAUUGCUGUGAUCAAGCAAGCCACGGAUGAUUUCUCGGAAGCGAGGAAGAUUGGGAGCGGCGGGUACGCUGACGUGUACCGAGCCGUGGACCCCAGGGACCCGUCGGUGGUAUGGGCGGUGAAACGAUCGAAAGUGCUGACCAAUGACUUCAAGCGAGAGAUCCACGAGAUGGCGUCGAAGCACCACCCGAACCUGGUGCGGCUGCUGGGGUUCUGUCUGGACAUGGAUGUGGUGAACGAGCGCACGGAGCAGAUCCUUAUCUACGAGUACAUGGUCAACGGGGACCUCGAGAAGUGGGUCGGGCCAGAGGCGCCCAAGUGCCUGACGCUGUCGCAGCGCUUCAACAUCCUGAUCGGGGCGGCGCACGGGUUGGAGUACCUGCACAGCUUUGGCAUCGUGCAUCGCGACAUCAAGCUGGCCAACAUCCUGCUGGACCGCCACAUGCACGCCAAGGUCGCGGACUUCGGCCUCGUGCGCAUGGGCGAGGGCACCUCUGUGUAUACCACUAGAAUUCUUGGGACUCCGGGCUAUGUGGACCCGGCGUAUUCUCGCACGCGGAAAGCUACAACGGCUACUGACGUGUACAGUUUUGGCAUCGUGAUACUAGAGGUCAUCACGGGGAAACGGGCGAUUAUCAACUACAGCAGCAAUCAGCUCAGCAUCAGAGACUGGGCCGAGCAAAUGGUGGCCAACAACACCCCAACCGCUCUCAAAGACCCCAAGCUAGACGCACCAAUCUCAAACGACCUCAUCCUUCGCUUAACCCACCUGGCAAUCAGCUGCACGUUGAUGCCCACGGCCGAUCGGCCCAACAUGAGCGGCAUACACAGCGAGCUCACUGCCAUCAGGGAUGCAUGCUUUGGGGCCGAGGAGAACCGGGCGGCCCACCAGGUAGAUGUGGAGCUGCUGGGCGUGCAGGCGGCGCAGACAGUGCAGAUCGAUGAGCAGAUUGCAAGAAUAGACAUGAUAGGAUCAUCACAACAGCCAGGCUUGGAGUCGCUAUAGUGUCGUGCGAUGUGUGCGCGUGUGGUUUGGUGCGGAGGAGAACCGGGCGGCCCACCAGGUGGAUGUGGAGCUGCUGGGCGUGCAGUCAGCGCAGGCGAUCGGGAUCGAUGACCAGAUAGCAAGAAUAGACAUGAUCCGGUCGUCACAACACCUGGGCGCGGAGUCGCUAUCGUGACUGAGGGGUGUGCGCAGUGGAGUGGAGGAGAGGAGACCUGGGUGGCGCACCAGGUGGAUGUGGAGCUGCUGGGCGUGCAGUCGGCGCAGGUAGUGGGGAUCGACGAACAGAUCGCAAGGAUAGACAUGCGCGGCUCACAACAGCCGGGGACUUCAAUAUAGUCGGGGGUAACAGAGCAGCCAACCAGGUGGAUGUGGAGCUGCUGGGCGUGCAGUCAGCGCAGGCGAUGGAGAUCAACGAGCAGAUUGCAAGAAUAGACACGCUCGGGUCGCAAGAGCCGGGGUCUUCAAUGUAGUCAGGGAUAACAGAGCGGCCCACCAAGUGGAUGUGGAGCUCUUGGGCGUGCGGUCAGCGCAGGCGAUGGCGAUAGACGAGCAGAUUGCACAAAUAGACAUGCUCGGCUCAUCGCAACAUCCAGGCUUGGGGUCACUAUAGUGCUUGUGCAGGCGUGUGCUCUGGAGUGGGAGUGGAGGAGAGCCGUGGUUCACAAGGUGUACGUGGAGCCGCUGGGCGUGCAUCCGAUUUUUUAGGUGCCUCAAAAAUUGAUUGUGUGCGUGUGUGUAUUCUGGAGUGGAGGAAACCCGCGUGGUUCUCAAGGUGGGUGUGGAGCUGCUGGGCGUGCAGCCGGCACAAGCAAUGGCAAUCGCCGAGCAGAUCGCAAGGAUAGACAUCAUCGGGGUGGUCACAACAGCCAGGCCCUUCAAUGCAAUUUUGUUGUUGGGCUUAUCUGCUCCUGUGUGCGGUGUAUUUGUGAGUUGUCCACCAUAUAUAUCAUGUGUUGCUUAUCU